AUGCCCACUGCUGGCUCUGCCAUCUUGACCAACACUGACGGAGCGAGUCCUCCCGCAUACAUCGUUGGUGUCCGCGGAGAUGAAUCCACUAUCUACGACGGACGCGAUGGCCGGCUACUAUGCGAAAUUGACUGGGUCAACGAUUGUAUCUAUGUAGACGAGAAGUCGGUCCCUGUGAGCGAUUUUCUACAGCCGUCUCCGGGCGGGAGUGGUAUGACGAUGCACUUUCGAGGAAGGAAGUACCUCUGGGAGAUUCGCGGGCGAGAUUUGGUCCUUCGUCUUGCGCUGAACAACGUAUCUGAGACGAUCAUGCUUGCUCGAUAUCAUCAACGGUUCGGGCCGGCGGCCAUCCUCAGCAAGAAAGAGUUUCUGGAGAUCACACCCUGUGGUGCGAACAUGGCCGGCAUUAUCAUCGCCUCGUUCUGGAUACUUAAACAGGCGAACGGUUUGAAGAAACUUCCCAGCGAACUACGGGCGCCUCCUUCUCCACCUUGGGUCCACGCUCAGCCCGUCUGGUCUGAAAAGAAUGCCGUUUCAGUAUGA